UGAACCACCCACCCCCACAUCCUCUCGCAGCUGAUUUUCCAACCCGUUAUUAGUGGUUUUAUUGCUGGUUUAUAGUGGAAAACCGUGGUAUUCUCGACACUGAAGUCACGUCUGGUCUGCGAUGUGUUUUUGCCGACGAAAAGCUAAAAACCACCGACGAGGACGGUAGGAAAAAGAAUCAUCAACAUUUCCAUCGGAGCCGCUCCGCUUUAAGUCGAGAAAACGAGCUUGCGCACUAGUAUUUGUGGUGCGGUUUUCCAUUAUUACAAAAAUGAAUGUACUUGCAGCAGCACCAGUCGUCAAUCGGAAUCUUUUGUGUUAGUGUAUCAUCGCAGGCAAAGUGCUAAAUUUCGGGACAUAAAAAAGUUCGUCGAAUUUGCGACACUUUUCGGGGUAGCAAUAAAAUUAUGCUAAAACAGUGGACGCAUUCAAAAAAAGUUUAAAAUAUUGAUUUGAUAAAGUGCGAGAACAAAAAACCAUCCAGCAGCCGUUCAAGUGCACUCACUGCCUGUUCCCCCAUAUCGUCUGUGUUGGGAGAAGGUUGGCAAAAGUUGUUCAUAAAAUGCCCGAACCCGAUUAUUGCUGCUGCUUGCUGCAUCGAUCCGUCGUGGCUAUCGUCGAUUGUAUCAAUUGAACCGAGAAUAAUGACCUGCUGACUGGAGAAGCAAAUAGAAAUCGUCACCAGCAUUAUUUUUGUGAUUGCACCUAAAGCAUCAGCAACAGCCGUGUCCAUAUAGACGACGGAGGCAGCUUUCUUGAUUGCGGUGGAGCUAAGCUGCUGCUAAAUCAAACAAUCAAUAACCCGACUCGUAGGUUUGAUAUUUAAUGUGUUCCGUUGUUUUCACAAGAGAACGAGAUUAAAAAAGGUCCGGAAAACAAAUCUUCACAGCUAAUCGCUUUUAGCUAAGAAAAUUAAGAACACACUUUCUCACGUACAUUAACAAAAAUAAUCCGAUAACCAUCGCAAUGGGUUUCGUGAAGGACCCCUGCGGAAUUGUUUGCGUCCUGGUGACCUAUUUGGCCGUGAUUUAUGCCGACUACGUUGUAACCCGGUGGAUCAUUCUGCAAACCAUGCAAAACAGCUUAUGGGCCCCGUUCCACGUGGUUGCGUUCAACACCAUUGUAUUCCUGUUGGCCAUGGCUCAUCUGAAGGCGGUCCUACUGGAUCCGGGGACCGUUCCGCUGCCGCAGACUCGCAUCGACUUUUCCGAUCUGCACUCGGAGCGGAACUAUCAGCGUGAGCACGAGGAGUGGACCGUCUGUACCCGGUGCGAAACUUACCGGCCACCGAGAGCCCAUCACUGCCGAAUCUGUAAGCGUUGCAUCCGCCGAAUGGACCACCACUGUCCGUGGAUAAACAAUUGCGUCGGGGAGCGCAAUCAGAAGUAUUUCCUUCAAUUUUUGGUGUACGUUUGCGCUCUAGCUUUGUACUCGAUUUUCCUGAUCAUCACAUCGUGGGUGUAUCCCUGUGAGACUUGCUCGAGUACGGUUCCGGAGACGCAAAGCCGCAUAUUGCACAGCGUGCUGUUGCUGUUGGAAUCGGCUCUAUUCGGGUUGUUUGUAAUCGCCAUCAUGGUGGACCAGAUGCAUGCCAUCCUAUAUGACGAAACGGCCGUCGAAGCUGUCCAGCAGAAGGGACCCUAUCGAAGCCACCGGCCAAAGAUGGCCCUGUUGGCUGAGGUUUGCGGUCGGGGUCACCCGGUGAUGUGGGUCUUUCCCUGUACCAGCUUGAAUCGAAAGCAUCAUGACACUCCGCUUUUAAGUCAUGAUGUUUAAAAAUGUAGGAAAGGCUUUCUGGCGGCAUAUAAGCUUACAUUAUCGUUAGGUAUUCCAGCACCCUCUUGCUUUACUUCUCUUAUUUAUCCACGCUUUUUCGGUCUUUCCGUUACCCGUCUGUCUUUUUCUCUGUAUCAUAAAUGAUUUCCGGCUUAUACUGGUGUAAAGUAAUUUGAAAAUGGGAUGGAACUCAGCAUCGUUUAGCAUACCGAGCGCGACAUAAAAUAUUUAUUUGCACGUUAUAGUACCGAAACAUACAUGUACCCACGAGACGGUUUCCCGAAUGUGUGUAAUUUUUUUUUUGAAUCGACCACGUUGCUUCGUCAGGAGCAAGCUUGUGGGACAAUUUUCACAAAUGCAGUGAAAUAAAAUAAUUGUGAUUGCAAAGUAUUUUCUGUUAUUUUUUGUUUUCACUUUUUAGGGUCAUGACACAGUUAUGUUAAAUAACGUUAUCGAACGUUUGUCACUUCGAGAGAGGGUCAAAAUGCAGACUUGGAAUUUGAAGUUGAUAAAUCAGAAUCUAGAUUGAGAAUUUCCAAUCAUAAUUGAUGAAAAACUUCAAAUGAACAGCCAAACAGUCAAGUAAGCAACAGUCUCAAAUUUGAUGUCACAGUAGUAAUGUUUCGAUAAUUGGUUUUGAGGGAAUUGGUUUUCGUCUAAAAGCUUGGGAGAUACUUCUGUUUAAAAUUAGUACAUAUAAUUAAAAUAAAUGCACAUGGGAAAUUGGUUUAACAAUAUUGAUGAAAAUUAAUUGAAUUUAACAAAAAAUCUAGCAUCACUAGAAAGGUUGUUAGGUUAUCUCUUGUCAAAGAUUAUUUCUAUUUAAAGAAGUGUGUCGAAGACCGCAUAAAGAUUACACUUUCCAGAACAAAGCUAAGAAUAAGUUUUCGGUUCAACAUUCCUUUUAAAUUUCUAUAUUUCACCGAUUUUGCAGCUGUAUUCUAGGGUGUUGCCAGAAAUUUGUGGAAAGGAUUUAAAUUAUUUUUUCACCCAACCAUGGGAUUUCAAAAAGCAGAAUUGAUUCGAAGCAGUUCAAAUGAAAUCAAGUAUUGAUUUUUUGACAUUUAGGCAUAAAAGUGUCAAAAAAGUAAAAAAACCUGGCUUAUUAAUUUAUAACCAAUUUCUCAUUAUUUCAAAUUUUUUUGGAUUUAUAUAGAAAACAAGUUUAAUAAAUCCUAGAUACUUCAAGUAAAUUUGUGAAAAUCGGUUCAGUGAUUGGCAAGUAACAGCUGUUUGUAUUUCAAGAGUUCCAAUAUUUUGCUUAACGUUGGCCUUCAAAGUGUUAGUUGACUCAAACCGUUUUUUUUUCAAAAACACGCCAUAGCAUCUUAAGUUUAUUCAGAUACGGUUCAAAUCAAGACAAAAUAUAAAACGAUACGUACAAUACUUCGUAAGAUCCAAUAAACAAUAGACCAGAGCAAAACAUCAAUUAUCAUCAACAUUUAUCACUCAGCAUAAAAUUGUCCAAUAUAAAAAAUAUUGAACACCUAAUAAACAAUCAUCAUUUAAUCUAUGAAAUAUUUCGGCUUUCAAAAUUGAAAAACUAUCAAAACUUAGUCAAAAAAAAAAAUUGGAGAAUAUUGUAUGUGCAUUGGAUCAAAUCCUAAGCGAGCUUUCCAUGAAGUUCCAAUCUAAUCACUCUUACCAGACAAAGAUUUUUCAAGCAACAAACGAACAAACUCAACGUUUUCCAUCCCCCUUUGUAAUAACUUGUUGUUUAAUAUUUAAGUGUUUCAGUUGUACAUAUUUGCGUAUGAUUUUUGUUCAAUAUUCCCGAGCGAGUGUGUGGAUAACAGCAACGGUUAUAGUUUCUAUUUACGAUUGCGGUGGGCAGAAGCUUGAUACUUAUACGUUUUGUAGCGCGUAAUUUGAAUUUUAGUUUGGCUUACAUCUUCCAAAAACCGAUACCUUUUUGAUACUACCGAUUUUCCUAUUGAACUGUAAGCGAAACAAAAACAAAUAGAACAAUGUAACAAUCGAGGAAACAUUCAUUAAAAUGUAAGCAAUAGGGUAUAGUUAAAACAAAAAAGAACUUUGCUUAAAGUAACUAACUGAAUGUAGCUUUUGUAUAUAAAAAAUAUAUACGGAUGUUCAAAACUAUUGGGUUGAAUUCUGUUUCCGAUAUUAGCUCAAAAAGACCAUACUGCAUUCGCGCUACGUGUCUAUCACAGUACAUACAUUUUAGGCAGUAGUGGAGCAACUUUAACGGCGUGAGAUUCGAUGGCAUAAAACCAAGACAACAUAAACCCUAACUGGCACCGGUGCCACCAGAAUAGAACCCUUAGUUAUAAAGUAAAUGAUAAAGAAAGUUCGAGAGAUUGAAACAAAAAGGGCAAAGACUUUAUAUAAGAUAACUUUAGAGAAAGCACAGGUUGAUAUGAACUAUAAAUGUAAUGAUUGAAAAUGCAAUUAUCGAAAUAGAAUCACCCACACUCACCUACACAAACACAAAAGAAAAAAAAAACCAAAUCGCUAAUUGUCGAACGUUGAAGUCGUUAAGAGGCGAAGAAGUCUGAGCAAAUGAAUGAAGUAAAUUGAAACAGGACAGCAGAAUAUCGAUAAGGAACACGGUACAUUGAACUUUAAAACAUAUAGUUUGGUUAAUCUAAGAUGGGUAAGAACAGAGUUUUACAUUUUUAUAUAUUUGGAAAGGAAGAAAGUAUUCAUAACAAAAAAUCUGUACGACUCGCAGUUCGUGAUGGGAUGGAUGAUGGGAUGAUCCACCCUGGUAAUCAGGUUGGAAUGAGCGAACUGAUGAGAUACAUGUCGUAGAAACCCGACACACCGGCACAUACACACACACACAAACACAAACAUUACAAACAUACAGAAAACAUUACAUUCUAUAUUGUAGCUCCAGUUUCUUGAAAACAGUGAAUACAUGUGCAUACAGAUGUGCAAUA